CGUACCGCCCACGAGCAACGUAUAUGCGCGUUGCAGAGAGAGACCAGGCGUGUUUACGAAGUUUGAUCGUGCGAAAAGUUUCCGCGAGAAUAUCCGCCAGAUUUCCGACGACUCUGCACGACUCCCCCCCGGCAAAGCCAUCCCCCAUGCAGAUCCGCUUUGCCCCGCUCUACGUCCCGCUAAGGCGAAGAUUGCAAACCGCCGCCGUGCUGCAGUGGAUCUUCUCCUUCCUGGGUUUAGCCCAAUGCUGUUUGGCCGCCUUCAUCCUGUUGUCUUUCUCCACCUGGUGGAUGGCAGCGCUGCUCUACGCCGGCUGGUUGUGGCUGGACUGGGACACACCAAACCGCGGAGGUCGCAGGUGCCAGUGGCUCCGGCGCUGGGGAGUGUGGGAACAUUUCCGUGACUACUUUCCCAUAAAGCUAGUGAAAACGGUUGACCUGGACCCUGGCAAGAACUACAUAUUUGGAUUCCAUCCACAUGGUGUGCUGGCCACCGGGGCGUUCUGUAACUUCUGCACCGAGUCCACGGGUUUCACCGGUCUCUUUCCUGGACUCAAAUCUCAUCUGCUGAUGCUGCCCUUCUGGUUCCGAGUGCCGUUCUUCAGAGAUUACAUCAUGUGUGGAGGUCUGGUAUCAAGCUCCAAGUCCAGCCUUUCCUACCUGCUGAGUCGUCCUCAAGGAGGAAACGUCGCCGUCAUUGCAGUGGGCGCAGCUCCAGAGGCGCUGGAUGCUCGCCCAGGAGCUUUGACGCUCCAGCUACAGAAAAGGAAGGGCUUCAUCAAACUGGCACUGAGACACGGAGCUCAACUGGUACCCGUCUUCUCGUUUGGAGAAAACGAGCUGUUUGAUCAAAUUCAGAACCCGACCGGGUCUCCUCUCAGGACAUUGCAGGACCGGCUACAAAGCAUUAUGGGAAUAGCACUGCCUCUGAUCAACGGCAGAGGAGUCUUUCAGUACAGCUUUGGGCUGAUGCCGCACAGGAAAGCCAUACUCACAGUUGUGGGAAAGCCAAUCCAGGUCGCAACCUGUCCAAGUCCAGAAAGCGAGGAUAUUGAUGCUCUUCACAAAGUUUACCUGGAGCAUCUGAGCGAGCUGUUUGAGCAGCACAAACACGAAUAUGGUCUGCAGGAGCACCAUCACUUGACCUUCACCUGACCUUCUUGCACUGUUUUCUCUCUGUCUAAUAAAAA